CUAUCUUUUGACAUAUUUCGUGUUUUAGGAUUUUUGAAAUUUGUGGGAAUUUUAGGACAUUUCUCGAAAUUUAGGACAUUUUAGGACAUUUCUAGGAUUAAUGAUGUCUCUUGGAUUUGGGGACAUGUCUAGGAUUUCAGAACGUUUAAAGGAUUUUAAAGAUUUUUAAGGAUUUGUGGAUGUUUCAGGGAUUUGUGGAUGUUUCAGGGAUUUGUGGAUGUUUCAGGGAUUUUAUGACAUUCAGAGUAUUUUAGGAUGUUUUGAUGAGUUUGCCGGAGCAACAUUGUUCUUCUUUCGUGUGCAGCGGCAGCGGCGUCUGGCCGACAAGAGGGAGAGUGUGCUGAAGUCUCUGAGAGGUCUGCUGACGGCCGGGAGAGGAGAGGACGGGACGGAGACGAGCAGGAGCUCCCAGAAAACCAGAGAUGGAACAAAGUCGAAGGUGGAGGUUAAAAACACGAGAAGUCAGAGGACAUCUGAGAAAGACUCGACCGUCCACAAAGUGAUUAGUGGGAAGAUCGUCAGCAGGAGAGACGAGGAAGCAGGGGACAACAGACGGAAAGGAAGAGCUGAAAGAGACGAGGGGAGGACGUCCACCGAAAAGACAACAGCAGAGAAGAAGAGGGAGGCGAAGAAGGACGACCAGAGAACGGAGCAGGACAAGAGGCCAGACUCGAGUAAGACCGCAGACGACGCAAAGACGAAAGAAGACAAGAAAGAGGAAGAAAAGAAGGACGAGAGGAAGAUCAUCGGAAAGAUCGUGAAAGCGACGCCAGGACAGGGAGCGAAGGUCCAGGUGAAGACGAUGAUGGGAGGAACGGCGGUGGCGACAGCGGAGGAGGAGAAGAGGAAGAAAGAAGAGAAGAAGAGUAAAGAAGAAAAGGUCGAGGACAAGAAAAAGAGCUCGGAGACGGUGAAGGAGAAGACAAAAACGGGAGGAACACCGGCGGUGGCGACGGAGGAGAGGAAGAAGAAAGAGGUGAAGACAGGUAAAGACGAAAAGUUAGAAGACAAGAAAAAGAGUUCGGAGACGGUGAAAGAGAAGACAAAAACGGGAGGAACAGAGGAGGAGAAGAAGAAAAAAGAGGAGAGGAGUUCAGAGAAGGUGAAGACGAUAAUCGGAGGAACAGCGGCGGAGGAGAGAAAGAAAGAGAAGACGGGUAAAGAAGAAAAGGUAGAAGACAAGAAAAAGAGCUCAGAGAUGUUGAAGGAGAAGACAAAAACAGGAGGAACGGCAGAGGAGGAGAAGAAAAAGAAAGAGGAGAAGGCGAGUAAAGAAGAAAAAGAAGAUAAGAAGGUGAAGGAGAGGACGUGGAGGUCUGAGGAGAGGAAAUCUGAAGAUAGAAAGACGGACAAAAGCGCUGAGGUGGAGAAGAGGUCUGAAAGAACUCGAGCGGACGACAAAAAAGACGUGACGGAGGUGGAGAAGGACAAAAAGGGCAAAACAGAUCAAGAAAUGACGAAUAAGAACGAUGCGGAGCAAAAAGCAACCGCGAAACCGCAAGAGAGGAAAGGCGAGGCGGAAAAAAAGUCGACGGGAGAACAAAAGGAGGAACCCGAAAAAACGGACAGAAGAUCACAGGAGGAGAAAGAAAGCGAGUUUGAAAAGCUGAAGACGAGCGAAGACAAAAACAGCGAGAAACCGGAGAGCGGAUCACCAGAGAAGAAGAGCGACGGAGAGCAGACGAAGAAACCGGAGCGCUCCGAAGAGACCAAACCACAGAAGAAGAAAAGCGACAAAACAGAAGGAGCAGCGGAGGAAAAGUCGAAACCUGAAGAAGCCAAAGUGCAGAAGAUGGGAGCAGAAGAAGAAGAGGGCGGGGUGACGAAGGUGGCGGCGAAGCAGCCGAAGAGUUUGAUGAUGACGCUGACGGACUCGACGCUGCACCGAAUCCACGGAGACAUCCGGAUCUCUCUGAAGACCGACAACCCCGACAUCAGUAAGUGUCUGCUGGCGUUGGAUCAGCUCAGUAUGGUUUAUGUGACGUCUAAACACGUCCAGAGACACAGCGAGCUCAUCGCCACUCUCAGGAAGGUACACAGGAGACACUGUGACAUCACUGACGGUUUUGUGGACUGGAAAGAAAAAAAUUAAAA